AUGGCUGCGGUCGCACCCAUGGACCUGGUUGUGGCAGCCGAACCUGCCUCCAUCCCCCUCCGAUGCACGCUCUGUCCCAAGAAACCCAACUUCUCGGACCUAUCCCAUCUUCUCACUCACAUAUCUUCAAAGAGCCACCUUGCCCACCGUUUCAAGGCCGAACUCAAGGCACGCGACGACCGAGCCGCCCUAGAGGCGGUCCGGCAGUAUGACCUCUGGUGCGACCGGUAUGGUAUCAACGGUCUUCUGGCAGAGCGCAUGGCUGCAAAGGAGCAGAGAAAAACGGGCCGGAGAGUGAGAAAUUCAAAUGCGGCUAACAACAAGCCUGCUCUUGCUGCCGCUUCGGAACAGAACCUGGUCAAACCUGACCCUGAAGAGUUCGUUGCGCACUCACCAGCGCACUGGUCCACGGCGCGGGGGACAGUCCAGGAGGGGCACCAUGAGCGUUUCGACAGCUCGAACUACCCGACCUCAUCAUUGAAGCGGUCUCGGUCGGACCGCUCAGUGCCUUGGACUCCUGAGAACGAAACACGUUCCAGGUACCGUCGAAGAUGGCCUUCAGAGGCGGACACAACAGACAGUGCUCCUGCUUCCGAUUUUCUAUCUGAAAGCACCGAGUUUUGUGACGAGAAUGACACCAGCAAGCUGAAAGGAGUCAAGUAUCCCGGUAUGGGCCUCUUCGACUCGGCGGAUGAGGCUCAGAAGAGGAUGCGCAACCAGAGGAAAGAUGAUUCAGUUCUGAAACAGAUGGAGGAGACCUCGUCAGGAAUUGUGCCCAACGAAUUCGUAUGGGGAGAGGACGGCCAAUUCCAACGCAUUCGCGACAUCUACGCCAGCCCUUCAAUUGAGGGAAGCCCGGACCGCAAAUUCGAAGAUAGAGAUGCACCCAAACCGAAGCGAGGCCGUCGUUCCACUACGGCCGCGUCGGCGACUGCUACUUCGGGUCCGGCGCGCAGGCGGUCUUCGGCCAGACUUGCUCGGCAAGCGCCGUCACGAAACAAGCAUGCUCAGCAGGGUGACAAUAGCGAACUCUCUGUCUCCGUUGACAGCUAUGAUGUUUUUCGUGAUCCGCCGAAACUGAGUCCUGCUCGGACCGAGAGCUCUCCCGGAGGUUCUGGCUUCGACCUUCGCCGUCGUCCUGCCCUUCAGUCACUGAACUCGAAUAUGCCCUUGACAUCAGCAGGGCAGAAGCCCCACAAACUGGUUCCGUACGUCGCUGCUCGAGAGAAUGGGUCGCCUUUGUUUACUUCUCAGCCGCCUGUCCCUACUAGCAGCUAUUUUCAACAUCACCAUGUCAUGGGUGCUGGUACAUUCAACCCUUUAUACGUCCAAGGAAGAGGUAGCUUUUACAACCCUUACGGCUACUCGAACUUUGGCGCCGAUGCCAAGUCAUCAGCAACCAACUUUCAGGUAAUCAACAGCAUGAAUCUUGCAAGCAUGCCGUUCAACGCCUUCGGCGGCCCUUUUGCCUCAGAUUCGGCCCAUGAGCGCGUCGACCAAGACUUCGACCUCUGA